GACGAUUAGGCAGGUGGGUCUCGGGCUGCACGUGACGUCACGAUGAUACUCUUGAACUCCUCGGCAGUAAAUCUAUAAAGGUGUGUGUCGUCGUACUGCGCAGGUAGCCAAACCUUGGACUGAAGUAAGAGACAGAACGCCAGCGCAUGCCGGGAAUACACAGGGAGGCCUGAAAUGCGCCAGGCAGUUUGAUUCCCCCGAGAGUGACCCCAGCCGUGGGACCAGGACACCGGCAUGUACCCCAACUCGCACUCGGCCAGGCAUCCCGCCCAGACCCUGUCCCUGAACAGCCAGUACUACGCGCCGUCGUACGACUUCCCCGGCUACUAUCAGGACCCGUCGACAAGUGGCUGGAGCUCCGUGUGCGCUCCCCGGGAGGAGUAUUUGUACGGCUUCCCAGGGUCAAGCCCCAGCCCCGGGCAGGUCAUCUUCUCCUCCCCGGAGCUGAGUGUCACGCCUAACGCCGCUGGAGAGGCGUACAACUUCGUCCCCGGACAGGACGCCUUCAACUGCGGGAGGAGACCCCAUGAAAGCGCCAGACCGUCCUUCUCAGGAACAAAAACCCGCACCAAGGACAAGUACAGGGUGGUGUACACCGACCAGCAGCGCCUGGAGCUGGAGAAGGAGUUUCAAUGCAACCAAUAUAUCACCAUGAGGAGGAAGACCGAGCUGUCAAUGGCACUGAGCCUCUCCGAGAGACAGGUGAAGAUCUGGUUUCAGAACAGACGAGCCAAAGAGAGGAAGAUAAACCGCAAGAAGCUGCAGCAUCCCGAGAAGGCCUCCACUACAACGCCGACCCCACUGACGGCGGCUGGACCCUCUGACCCCCACACGCCCCCCAGCCUCAGUGUCUGACCACAUACCAGAGGACUAUAGAGACUGAUGCAGCGGGAAAGAUGUAAAUAGCCUUAUUUUUGUUUUUAUGACUUUCGCAUUCACUGAAUGAAGAUGAUCAUCAUGACAUGAUGUUAAAAUGCUGCACCGCCUGCUUUUCAACGACGAGCACUACACAUCUUUGUUGCAUUGAUAAUCUAUGCGGCAUUUGCACAAAACUUCAGCGCGUUCAAGGAUUAAGAGUCACUGAAUAACUUUUACACUUAUUCUUGAAGUAGUUUAAAGCAACACUAACAAAGCAUUUCAUAAGUUAUUCUUUCUUUAUCUCAGACCAAAUGUCGACAUUUUUCUGAAAUCUUUGUUGAUAAAAGUGAAAACAUAUUCAUGAGUAGGAGAGUAGUUCCAACAAUAGUUGAUUAAACUGCAUGAGAAAUACGUCUCUAAAUCACACGUGUGAGUAAAUGAAUGAACAAUGCAGCACAAUGAUGGAAGUACAUCUGUUUGUCAUUUGAAUUUACAGGCGACGCAGAGUGUUACAGCUCCUACUUCUGAGGGAAGAAGUCAAAUAUGCUGAACACAAAGUUCAAAACACAUUUAUUAAUCUGUUCUGUUGAAGUGUGGAUGCUGGAUUUAUCAUGAGAAUACAUCAUUACAAAGUAUAAACCAAACUUCUUUAAGUUAUGGAGGGGGCCCGCUGUGUUUGGUGUGAUGGAAAUUGAAGUGUUUUUGUUUAAAAAAAAAAAGAAAUAAAAGAAAAAUGCCGUGUUAUUAAAAAAGAAACAUGAUAAACCAAUCCAUAAAAUCUGAGCAGGUUCAUAAUGACAUUAAAACAUUUGGUUAAAACUCUUACAAUGUUGAAUACCUUAUUUCAUUUGCUACAUCGUAAUAACAGAAAGGAACUGAGAGCAAGCGUGUUCACAAAUGACUGGAAUAUUAAGCUUUCACAGCAGAAUGAAGCCACAUCCUGAAAAACCGCUUCUACAUGACUCAUUGUCCACCGACAUUUAACGGCUAAAUGCAGACGUUCAUUUUUAACAUAGAAAGAAUAAGUCCCUACGUAUCCGUUCUUAUGUAUGUGUGAAAUGUUAGUAAGUGCUACUUUGUAUAUAUUAACUCACGCUCACAUUGUCACUUUAAAGAAGGGGGAGAAAAGAGGAAGUGGAUGUAGAAAUGUAAACCUUGUACGGACAUAUUAGGCAGAGGAUUGCAAAAACGUUCUUUUAGAAAUAAACCGCUGUACCACAAA